AUGAGGAUCCUGGACCCCCAAUCCGCCGUUCUCACCAACGUCGAGGUGCUAGCAUACCUAAACGCCAAUCCACCCCACCGGGUUCCCCCUCGGCCACAGCAUUUCCGAGGACCAUGGGUCCCAAGCCCCGAUCUGAGAGAUCAUAAUACAGUUGUGAAAGAAGUAAGCCAUCUACAGAUUCCAUUUCGCCGUUUCCCAGGGGCCAUCAUAGCCCGACUCGAAUCAUCCAGUCCUGCAUAUGAAUCAUCCAUUGACGACGAGCUUCACAAGCUCCGAGAUUGCAAUUCAAAAGCUCAUAAUUCACAGAUUCACAACUAUGUCAGCCGCAUUUCCCCUCAUCUUCUCAAAUAUCCCCGUCAUGCACCCCGCCCGUCCUCCUCCCAGUCCCAAUCCCAAGCCGCCAUGACCGGCACCAUGAGACCCGGCGCCGGCGACGGUGAACCAGAUCCCUCCUUACUUCCCGAAGUCCCGUCCAACGAGCUCACACCCAUGGACUACGCCCUCCGCGACAUCAUUACAAAACUCCAGCCCUACGGGCUCACAAAAGCCGAGGUCGUUAUGAUCCUGAACCUCGGAUUAGGCCUCACGAGUACGACAGAUACGGAGGGGCAUCCCAAUGGAGAUGGAGAGAUGGAAGUCGAUGAGGGUCAUACGAAUGGCGUGGAAGGCGAGGAAGGGGGAGGGUGA